GGUGCAGACGUCAACAAACAGACCGGAAAAACUGGAAACGCUUUACAUGGCGCUGCUGCAAAAGGGAGUAGAGCAAUAGUGCAGCUGCUUCUUGACAACAAAGCUGACGUUAAUGCUCAAGGCGGAGGAUACGGCAAUGCUCUUCAAGCCGCCGCAUAUGGGGGCAAUCAAGCAACCGUACAGCUCCUCCUCGAUAAUAAAGCCGAAGUCAAUGCUCAAGGCGGAGGAUACGGCAACGCUCUUCAAGCUGCCGCAUUUGGGGGCAAUAAAGCAACCGUACAGCUCCUCCUCGAUAAUAAAGCUGACGUUAAUGCUCAAGGCGGAGGAUACGGCAAUGCUCUUCAAGCCGCCGCAUAUGGGGCUAUCAACUGGCCGCAUUUGGGGGCCAAUCAAGCAACCGUACAGCUCCUCCUCGAUAAUAAAGCCGAAGUCAAUGCUCAAGGCCGGAGGAUACGGCAACGCUCUUCAAGCUGCCGCAUUUGGGGGCAAUAAAGCAACCGUACAGCUCCUCCUCCUCGAUAAUAAAGCCGAAGUCAAUGCUCAAGGCGGGGAUACUACGGCAAUGCUCUUCAAGCUGCCGUAUGUAGGGGCAAUAAAGCAACCGUACAGCUCCUCUCCGAUAAUAAAGCCGAAGUCAUGCUCAAGGCGGAGUCUAUGGUAAUGCUCUUCAAGCUGCUAGAUCUCGGGGCCAUCAAGCAAUCGUGCAACUCCUCCUCGAUAGUAACAAGGCCAGUGCUCAAGCCGGGUAAUAUAGCAAUGAUCUCCAAGCCCACAGCAUGUCAGCGCCGCACAUAUCGCCGACAGAACCUCUCUGGUAACUGUCGCAGGUGCAGAAUGCGCUCUCUCCUGAAGCAUAAAUUGGUGCCUCCGGAGGAGCUUAUAUAGUGGUGAAACAUGCCCAGGAGCUAAGCCACUGAACACGUGUGAUCGGCACGCAGAGGGCAGUAGGGGGGGCCCAUAUGCCAUGCAACAGUAACCUCCUUACUAUACUAUACAGUUGUGUAGACUCAAAUCAAUUGAGUGUUGCAUUAGCUGUGCCUCGUGCAAUUCUCAGCCACGAACGUGAUUCAACGGACGGAGGGAGAUUUGUUGAAACUGGCCAA